UUCCAACCUUCGCUGAUCUUUCCUCUCUCCACUCCUUUUGAUGUCUCUUCUCUACCACUCGAGUCAAAAUGACUGCAAAAUGACUGCAAAAUGACUGCAACAGUAAGAGUGUUUAAUCCUUAUACGGACGCCUGUACACAGUGCUGCACGUGAUCAGCAGUCAAAGAUUCCCGGUUUACGGAAAAAGAAGGAGAUGCGGUAUCAAAAGGUAUAAAAUUGAAGCAAUUCUUUAGCUGAUCUUCUUAGAACUGGCAAGUACCUGCUUGGAAUUACCUACUUAUAAAGGAUGUUUAGAAUAAGGCCAGCUAUUAAACCAACUAUCGCGGCAAGAGGGAUUUCAUCCUCUGCAGUUCGCUUCUCCGGUAACAAGUUUGGCACUGAUUUCACUCCAUCUCCACCAAAGUUACCAAAAGAACAACAAGAAGAGUUUGAAAAAUUACAGAGAAUCGCCAAUUCUCAAGCUGCCAUCGAAGAGUUUAAUAAACAGAACGCAGAGUCGGGCCUGGUUAGUAGUAACUUGGCCGGGGACGUGGAAGCACAGCAGAUGAAAACCGAUAUUGGACGUUUCAACCAGUAUUUUAAAACGGUUCCUGAGUUCGAAGGCGAUGUCAACCCAGCUACUGGAGAAAGAGGUGGUCCUAAACAGGACCCAUUAAAACAUGGUAACGAUUGGUCUUUCAACGGUAGAGUUACUGAUUUUUAGUUCUAUUACUUCUCAUCCGGUCAUUCUCUGACUACUUUAUUUAGUUCUUCAAUAAACAUUUUUGGUUAAGUAACUGCAUUUUGCUUAGAUAACAAAAUUUUUGGUUAAAUAACUGC